UUCUCCUCGCUACUCUUUCACGUCAAUUCUGAAGCAUCUAUUAAUGCUUGAAACAGUUUCAAAAAAUAUAAUUUAAAAUAAUAAUUAUUCUAGAGAGGGUAAAGAAUAAAGGAAAUUGAAAAUGCAAUAAAGAAAUAGAGAGCGAAAAUGGAAGUAGAAGUAAAGAACAGGCGCUGGCGUUGCAAUAUUUCCAUAAAUUGUUUACAGCAUGCUCUUACAGACAGAGAUCACUAAUUAAACUUGUCUCUAUGAUUUCUCAACCUUCGGAAGAAAGAAAAAAAAUGGCGGAAAAAGGCGCAGACGUCAUCAAAUCUCACAAAUUCUUCUCCUCCUCCGAUGUGGUGGAGGAAUUGAAGGAGCUAUGGUCAAUGGCGCUGCCCAUAACAGCAAUGAACUGUCUGGUUUAUGUUCGGGCAGUAGUUUCAGUGUUAUUCUUGGGCAGGCUGGGCAGCCUAGAGUUAGCCGGUGGGGCCCUCUCCAUCGGCUUCACAAACAUCACCGGCUAUUCAGUUUUAGUAGGUCUGGCCUCCGGGCUUGAGCCAGUCUGCAGCCAAGCCUACGGCACCAAGAAUUGGGACCUACUUUUAGUCUCUCUCCACCGCAUGAUCUUCAUACUCUUCAUAGCAAUCAUACCCAUCACCGCCCUUUGGAUCAAUCUUGAAUCAAUAAUGCUUUUCAUGGGACAGGACAAAGAUAUUACCUCAAUGGCAGCAACUUAUUGCAUCUAUUCUCUCCCAGACCUUUUAACAAACACCUUGUUGCAGCCGUUGAGGGUUUAUUUGAGGUCGCAAGGUGUGACCAAGCCGCAAAUGUGGUGCACGUUGUUGGCGGUGGUGUUCCAUGUUCCGUUGAAUUAUGUUCUUGUGGUGGUUAUGGGGUUGGGUGUUAGAGGUGUGGCGGUGGCUUCUGUGCUCACUAAUCUGCAUAUGAUGUUGCUUAUAUUGGGGUAUGUUUGUGUUUAUGGGAGGUGGGAGUGGAGAUGGAGGAGGCCCGGGAUUGGCGGUGAUUGUGGCGGAAUUGGCCGGCUUCUUAGGCUGGCGAUUCCGAGUUGUGCCGGAAUAUGCCUUGAGUGGUGGUGGUAUGAGAUUGUGACUGUGCUUGCAGGUUAUUUGCCUAAUCCUAAGCUGGCUGUGGCUGCUACCGGCAUUUUGAUUCAGACCACUAGUCUUAUGUAUACCGUUCCUAUGGCCUUGGCUGGCUGCGUUUCUGCCAGGGUAGGCAAUGAGCUGGGAGCCGGUAAGCCAUACAAAGCCAAGCUAGCCGCAAUGGUUGCAUUAGCCUGUGCGUUUGCAAUCGGAUUCAUUAAUGUCAUUUGGACGUUAAUAUUUAGGUACAAAUGGGGUGGUCUCUUCACUAAAGACGAAGAGCUCAAAGCUCUCGUUGCAUUGGUUUUACCAAUAAUCGGACUAUGCGAACUGGGCAACUGCCCGCAGACAACAGGCUGUGGCAUCCUACGUGGCACAGCGAGGCCGGUCGUGGGGGCCCACAUCAAUCUCGGGUCGUUUUACUUUGUGGGGUCACCAAUAGCUGUCGGCUUGGCUUUCUGGCUCGGCUUUGGCUUCACGGGUCUGUGGCUCGGCUUGCUCUCGGCUCAAGCUGCAUGCGCUGUGUCGAUUAUGUAUGUUGUGUUACGAUGCACGGAUUGGGAAGGUGAAGCUGUGAGAGCGUCGAAAGUUUCGAGCGUAGAGAUGAGUGAUAAGUGCAAUGCUGAGAAUGAAGAGGAAAAGGGGUUAUUGUUAGUGGGGAAUGUUUCUUUAGGGUGAAGAGGGGAUAUGUUGAUGUACUUGUGGGCUACUUACUAUUUGUUUUUGGUGGUAUGGGGUUUUGUGAAGAUAUUAAAAAAAAGAAACACUUAAUUAUAUUGAGGCAGAGAAUUUGAAUU